AUGACACCGCCUAAACUUCAAUACAGUGCCGCCAAAACAUCCUCCAUCUCCAAACGAUCGAGUCCCUCUUCAUCACCCAUCAAAAAAUUCCAACGCAGCAUCAAAAAAAUCCUCCCAUCCCAAAAACUCUACUCCCAAGCCCUUGCCACCAAAACCUCGAAACCAUCCUCAUCCUCAUCCUCAUCCUCCCCGGACAAAUUAGAAAUAGUCGAUUAUAAUGUAGAAUUAGACUAUCAACUAUGUCGAAAUGAAGAUAUAAUGGUGGCAAUCGACACGAUCCUCAACAAUCGUUGGUCCGAAUCCACCUCGCUUCAUAAUCAUUAUCAUACGCGAGAUGAAAUAAUUGCCGCCCAAGGAAAUAUGGAAGAAUUAAUCAUGAAUCUUAAAGGCUUAGGAAUGGGACCUAAGGUUGAUAUAUUAAAAUAUCGGACUCAUCAAUUACCAAAAGGGUUGAUUACUACUAGUUUAUUAUAUUCGAUUUAUGAAAAUAGGGGGAAUACUUUUGUAGAUCGGAUAUUGGAGACGAAGAUCAGACAGGGGGAGAUUAGGAAAUUUGUAAUCACGAAUGCGAGUCCUGUUAUACUGAGAAGUAAUACCAGUGGACAGAGGAAUAAUAGGGUGACAUAUGGGUUUGAGAAUGUCGAGGUGGUGGUGAAGGCUGAGAUGUAUCUUAAUCAAAUCAGAAAUUCCCAGUUGGAACUUGCACCCGAAUUGGCUGCUCUGAAUGAUAUUGUGGAUCCGAAGCGAGGGGGGAAUCGAGGAUCGAGUUUAAAGAAAUUUGAGGAAUAUGUGAUUAAGAAUCCCACUGCUUUGUUCAUUAAUAUUGGAGAUGAGGGGGACGGUGGGUUUAAUAAUGAAGAGUUGAGUCAUCUUGUAAGUUUGGGAUUUGUGACGUUGACAUCUAAUCAUUUGAAUGAGAUUGAAUCUCAUCAAUAUUCGAUUUCAUAUCCUAAUUGUGGAACGUAUUUGAAAUUAGUUAAUGCCGGUAGAGUAUGGUUGGUUAAAUUGCUAAGUAAACCAAAAUAUAAAGAAAUGUUGGAGGAACAGAUUGUCAAGAAAUGGGAAGGAACCACACUCCAAGGUGAUUCUAAGAUGAACAAUUUUCGAAAACCAUUUUAUGGAUAUGAUUUAAAUUGGGUAUUGGCUGAUUCUCAUGGUUCUGGGAUUGUUGAGGUAUUUAAUACUCCAGUUGGAAGAGGUUGGAGAUUAACUGGGAAAGUGUAA